AUGGGAGACCUGGAGAACUCUGCGUCAGCGGACGCAGCCACACGGGAGAAAAUAUCCGGCCUGCCACCGGAGGUGUCCGACACGGCCAUGCUUGCCCGGCUACAAGACCGCGGCUCCGGUCACCGGCUGCUGACCCAGGUGUCGGAGGCGCUCGACCUCCUCACCGACUACAACAGCCGGCUGGCCAGCGAGAUGGACGAGCGCAAGCGCGUCUCGCGACUCUUGCAGGACUUCACGCAGAGCCAGAAGGACCUGCUCGCCCAGGCCGAGCACACGCUGGAGGAGUACCGGCACAAACUAGAGAAGGUUUAUCUGGUGCGGGAGGAGCUCAAGUCGCACAUCCAGAACCUGCCCGACAUCAGUAAACUGCCCAACGUCACAGGCGCCUUCGCGCCUCUGCCAUCUGCCGGCGAUUUAUUCAGUUAGUAGUGAGCGCCACGGCUGCCGCAGCGCUGGCGUCGCCCCAGGGGUGCUAACAGGGCAGGUGGCACCGCCACUGGUGUCAGUGCUAUGUUGGCUGCUGCUUGUUUGACUAUUGUAAGAUCUCGUGUUGUACGAAC